AUGGAUAAUCAUCAAAGCAAACCGAAUGUGCAUGAUAGUGAAAGCGAAGUGCGCGAUGAUAAUUUGCAAAAACCCAAUAUUUACAAUAAAUAUUUACCAUUCUAUGAAUCUAUCAAACGGCAUGCUUUUGAAUCAUUUGAUGAAAUUCGAGAAAAUUUAUCACGUACUAUUCAAUUGGGUGAAUUGCAUCCGAGCUUUUCGAUUUUUACACGUAUACUCAAUCGUUUUUCACUUCCUAUAGGAAAAAAUCAUGGAUUACAAGAAAGCUCUCCGUAUAUGAUGAUAGAUGUGGCACGAUGGCUUGUAGCCAUGAUUGGAAAUGGAAGUUCAUGUCUUCAAUAUAUGCGCGAACUAUUUAUGGCUAUUAAAGUUUUCUAUCAUCCAUCAAAUACUGGAGAGUUUCAAGAGUUUCUUAUUGAAUUGAUUUUGAAACUAGCUGAACAAUUUGUUGAACGAGUACAAUUACUAUUCUUAUCAGUUGACAAUAUGACUGAACCAGAUCGUUUCACAUUAAUUAUGAAAUGUUUACCUGGUAUUGUUCGUCAAAUAGUACGACAAACACCAACCUAUUCCGAAGGUCAAACAUAUGUAUUACCUUUAUUGAUGUCUGUAUUACCUGGUAUUGAUUCAAAUGAUUUCAGAAAAAAAGAAGUUACUUUUGAAGUUCUCGACGCUAUUCUUAAGCUAGUACCAUGUGUUGAUUGUUCAUCGACGGUAUAUAAACGGACCGAUCUUACAGAAAUUGAAAAACAAGUAUGUUUAUCGACAACACAAUUUGAAGAUUUCGUCACUGAUUUUCUCAAUCGAAUAUUUCAAAUGAUUUCUCAACGAUCGACUGAAAUAUCCGAUGCUACUGUGACUAACAAUAAGAUCAAUUGGGAAGAUGAAACUAUCGAUAUAAAAUUAAUAUCAAUAAUGUCUAGCAUUGUUCAACAAUGCAGCAGUAAAAUCUUUCAAGUAUGUACAAAUUCAAAUCAAUAA